AUGACCACAAGUACACCAGAUGAACGUCAAAAUGAGUCUAACGAAGCGCCGCAGAAACAUGUCUUCUUCGGUCGCUGGAGAAGCAUUUUCAACUUCACAGCAAAAGCACACCUGUCCGUAUUAUUGCCGGCCGUCAUCCUCUCAUCCGCAGCAGGAUGCUUACAACCAGCAAUGGCAUUCUUUUUUGGGAAAUUCUUCGACACAUUUUCAGACUUUGCUGCUGGAAAGACUGACGGCUCGACCUUCAUGGAGCGCUCUCUGGGUAGUCUCUAUGCGCUCUUGGGAGUGGCAGCCGCCACCUUUUUCUUCAAGGGCAUCCUUUUUAGCCUCUGGCUAGUGUUCGGCGAGAUGCAGGCAAGGAGAAUUCGUGAAUUACUCUUCCAAUCUCUGCUCGACCGUGAAAUAGAGUGGUACGAGGCACGAACGACCGGAGUAGGGACGCUCUUAAACAGGUUCCAGAGGUACGGCGUGCCGAGCAUGAUUUGGCCUCUCUCUAAUGAUAUCAGACAGAUCCGAGAACUGCAGUUAGGGACCUCACAACCUCUUGGGCUCAUAAUUGUGUGCCUGGUUCAAGCAUUGGCUGGACUUAGCCUCGCAAUGCUCACAAACUGGAAGUUGACUUUGGUUGUGCUCUCAGAUAUACCUAUCAUCGCCGUUGGCAGCACCCUUAUUUCUCGACAUCUACAGGCGAACAUCGACCAGCAGAACAAAAAUUUGAACACUGCCACCAGCUUAGCCAACAACUGUGUCACAAACAUCGCGACCGUGAAGUGUUUCAACAGCCAGGACCAAGAAGGAGAGAAGUACUCUUCCGCGGUCAGGGCAGCCGGGUUCUGGUAUGGUGGAACACAAGUUCAUGCUGGUGCAACUACUGCCGGCAAAGUGGUCACGACAUUUUGGGCCUGUCUCAUAGCCACGAAAGCGUUUGAGGAUAUGUUGCCACAUUGCAUCAUCCUCCAACGGAGCCAAUUGUCAGCCCUAGCAUUGGAGGCAAUGGUGGACAAAGUCAUGGACGGGCAGCUGCGAUUGCGCCAGGUAAGGGGAAUAUCGCCACAAUUUUGCGAAGGGAACAUCGAAAUCCGGGGGGUCUCCUUUGCUUACCCUUCAAGACCUACCACGCUCGCUCUGGACAACUGCACAUUAUAUUUUCCUGCGGGAGAGACCACAUUUAUCGUGGGUAGGAGCGGAUCUGGGAAAAGCACACUCAGCAAUAUACUGAUGAGAUUCUAUCACCCUAAGAGUGGAGCAAUUUUCAUCGACGACAAUGCUUUGGGAGAUAUUGAUACAAACUGGCUCAGAAACAAUAUCACUCUGGUGCAACAAAAGUGUGUACUUUUCAAUGACACGAUUUUCAGAAACGUUGCUCUUGGUCGACGCGAAUUCGAUCGAGUUACUGAGGCUCGCGUGAACGAAUGUCUCGGGAUGGCAGCUUUGGAACGCACUGUUGAGCAACUUCCAGAACGUAUCCACACUAGAGUUGGGACAGGUGGCUCAUCUCUCUCAGGAGGUCAAAAGCAGCGGAUUGCCAUUGCACGUGCUUGUCUGAGAGAUACACCGAUCUUGAUACUGGACGAAGCAACAAGUGCUCUUGACAACUCGAGCAAGAUGGCCGUCAUGAGAUCCAUGCGAGAGUGGCGACGCGGAAAAACGACCAUCGUUAUUACACAUGAUCUGAGUCAAAUACAAGACAAUGAUUUCGUGUACGUCCUUGAAACCGGUCGAGUCAUUCAGGAAGGUCCGCGUGGAAGUCUUGCCGACUUCAAAAGUACCGCCACUGAUCAGGGAGCCUGCGCAAAGGAGCUGACAAUCGGACAAAUCAAUUGCUCCAUUGAUGGUAACCGACCAAUGUCACGCCGCGGCCUUGCGGACUCGCCCAAACCGGUCAUCCCAUCUUUGCCCUCCAGGAAGGACUCGUUCGAUUUCGACACAGCAGCAAGUGUAGAAGGUCACAACUUCGAAGAUGUUCGGGGCUCUCAGCAAGGGGUACAACUUGGACAUCGACUAAGGAAGGGACUAUCUUCAAGCGGUGGAGCUGCACUGAGUCUCCUCAAGCGACAAUCGAUGGCUCGUGCCAGAGCUAUGUACAAUCUCGAUCAAAGCAGGACAUCUGAGCAUCACGUAGCGACGUUGCCAUCCACAAUGUAUGCUAGUCCUGGCGUCAUUGUUCGCAGAUCCAUUUUUGUUCCGACCGUUCCGAGGAACCCAAGGAUCGGGUACAAACCGUUACCCAUACCACCUCUAAGGUACGACUCUUGUGGUGGAAACAAAAUUGCAGCUCACGAUAUCACAGACGUACUUCCUGGUGAAAGAGCGAACCAACAACUACAACCGGCAGCUUCACUCCCCACAAUAUUGCUUACAAUAUGGCCUAACCUUGACAUUGCUUACCGAAGCAAACUGCUUCUUGGAUUGCUCGCAACAUUGGUCCACGCAGGAUCGCCAGCCGCAUUCUCGUAUGCGCUCGUGCAAGUCUUUGAUACCUAUUACUUGCCGACAGGAUACCAGAGGAAAGCCUUGAUCUACUCAAUGGUCGUGAUUGGAAUCGCCUUCGCCGAUGGUUUAGCGUGUUUCUUCAUGCAAUAUCUUCUCGACUCUGCAAGUCAAUCGUGGGUGGACACGCUCAGAAUCCAAGCAUUGCAGCGUAUUCUACGUCAACCUAAGGCCUGGUUCGAUGAAGAACAUAACAAUCCCGCAGCUCUCAUAUCCUCGCUUGAUACGAAUGCAGAAGAAGUGAAGAACCUUGUGGAAAAGUUUGCGGCCCAGCUCCUCGUCAUUGCUGUUAUGAUGGCCGUGGCCAUAAUAUGGUCGAUGUUCUUGUGUUGGAAGAUCACACUGGUCAGUCUUGCAGCCUCUCCGGUGCUCUAUAUUCUGGCAAAGUGUUUUGGAACUGUCUCUACAGUGUGGGAAUCUCGAUCAAGCUCGGCCAGUGACGUUGUCAAUGAAAUAUUCGUCGAAUCUUUCGCAGACAUCAAGACAGUUCGAUCCCUGACUUUAGAAUCUUACUUUCACAAGAAGUAUCGCAAUGCCACCCGUCAGACCUUUUCCACAGGCGUCCGACGAGCUUUUUACUGCGGUUUCUUCUUCGGCCUAUCCGAUUCCGCCAUCGCUUUUUUCACGCCUAUGAUUUUCUGGUAUGGCGCUCGCCUUGCAAAAGAUCAGGAAUGGCCGGUCAACUCUAUAUUUACUGUGUUUGGGCUCCUGUUGUUUUGUACUGCCAACGCGAAUGCGGUCCUUACAUACAUCCCUCAGACCAGCUCUGCGGCGGAUACUGCCUGUCGCCUGAUUUGGCUUGCACGCAUGCAAGUCGACUCUCAUGAAGAGGUUGGGAAAGUUCAGCUAGACAAAGCUGAUCCAGCCACUCUCUCGGGGCCGAUCCAUUUUAUCAACCUGACAUUCUUCUACCCGACCCGACCAGAGGUAGCGGCGCUUCGACGACUGAAUCUCACCAUACUCCCUGGGAAAGCCACCGCAAUAGUAGGAGCCUCGGGCUCUGGAAAGUCAACCAUUGUGUCUCUGCUUCUAGGCCUCUACGCCCCAACGGCGGAUCACCUCGCACUCUCCCCUUCGAACCCCUGGGAAUGUGGUCCGGCAUCACUCACCUUGUCCGGCCGCGACAUUCGAACACUGGACCUCUCCUCUCUCCGUUCUCUGAUCGCCACGGUCCCACAAAUCCCCGUGCUCCUCCCCGCAACAGUGCGCGAGAAUAUCACGUACGGCCUCCCGCCCGACUCCCCCUGGAGAUCAGCAACUCGCAUCGAAUCCGCCGCGCGCUCAGCCGAGAUCCACGAAUUCAUCCAAUCCCUCCCGCAAGGCUACGCAACCAUCAUAGGUGACGGCGGCAUCGGUAUCUCGGGCGGCCAAGCACAGCGCAUCGUCAUCGCCCGCGCGCUCAUCCGCGACCCCAAGAUUCUCAUCCUCGACGAAGCGACCAGCGCGUUGGACCGGGAAAGCGCGGCGAGUAUUCGAGAGAGCAUCAAGAGGCUGAGUCGGGGAAAAAGGGGCAAAUUGACUGUUGUGAUGGUCACGCACGCGCGGGAGAUGAUGGAGAUUGCAGACCAUGUCGUCGUCAUGGAGGAGGGGAGCGUGGUUGAACAGGGCGAUUUUACGGAGUUGGUCGGGAAGAGAGGGAAGUUGUGGGCACUGCUGAAUGCUGGAGAUGGUGACGAAGGUGCAAGUCAGACGGCAUUUGCUUAA